GUAUUUUAUCACGUCUCUCCUUAAUCUCGAUCAUGCAAACAAUUGCAAUGUUGAGAUGAUACGUAAGGUAUGUUUAGAAAAAGAUCUACAUAGGGAAAUGCGGUAUUGGCUGCUUCCCCGUGACUUACCACUGCCUCCUGCCUUCUUCGCAGGCCGCAGCUGCCUACUUCACUCUAUAAACAGCAACCCACAACGUACCUGGUCACCUGUGACCCUGCACCUACCUCGCAUCCACACGAAAACCCCAAGACCCAGGAGCAUGAGUAUGGAGCAAAAAUCUAUCAAGUCGUUCUUCAAGCCCCGGGAUGCUCCGCCUGGCAACACCUCGCACAAACGGACAGCAACCUCUCCACCCACCACGUCCAAAGAACCCGCGGCAAAGACACUAAAGUCCACAGAGCCAAUUGAAGCUACUUUGAGUGAUAUGAAAGCACAGUCGACAGCAGUUUCCACACAAGAUGAGCAUCCCCAGCCUGCCAUCACAACAACACUGCACCUCAAAUACCACAAAGGCGACAUCUUCGCAGCUCCCCAACACUCCCUACUUAUCCACGCCUGCAACACACAAGGAUCAUGGGGAUCAGGUAUAGCAGCAGCAUUCCGUGCUCGCUAUCCCGCUGCAUUCAAGAUAUACCGCGACUACUGUACCAAGACGCACAAGCCGACCACCAACCCUGUUCCGACCGGCACGUGUCUGCUUAUCCCUCCUUCCGAGACGUCCAAUGGCAAGCCUAAGCAUUGGAUCGGUUGUCUCUUCACUAGCGCCAAGUACGGAAAAGCAAAGGAUUCUCAAGCGGUGAUCUUGGGGAACACGGGUCGGUCUAUCAAGCACUUGCUGGCUGCAGUGAAGGAGGCGGAGCGCGAUGGUCGGGGCGUGAACGAGAUUCGCAUGUGUAUGAUCAACUCGGGCAAGUUUGGGGUGCCAUGGGAGAGGACUGUGGAGGUUCUGGAGAGUCUGACGGUUGAGGAAGGUUGGAAGCCUGCGGUCGAUGUGUGGAGCGUGGACUGA